UGUUGUGCUUUUUCAUGCACUUCCAGCUGGGACCCACAGCAUUGACUCAGUACAAGACAACAAUGCAUUAUGUCUUCUGAAUUAAUCAGGAGAAUUCCUCAUACUGGAUCUAGCUUUAAAGUCCAUCCCGUUUGUGCUGUCAUGUCUCGCGCCUGCAUUUCAUCCUGACCUGUUUGAAGACGGUCAAAGUAAGCUGUACUGGAAUCAUGUCAGAGACUGAACACGUUAGAACAACACGUGCCAUCAACAGUGGCUCAGACCAGGAUGACAAGCAGCUGCAGCCAAGGAAAAGUGUGAAUAAAGAGGCAGGAUGGGGACACAUUGCUAUGCUGGACAAAAUAGAGGACUUUUUCCAGAUCUGUGACAGCGAGGGAAAGGGCUUCAUCACACGCACGGAUAUGAGGAGGCUACAUGAAGAAUUGCCACUUACUACUGAGGAACUCGAGAGCGUCUUUGACUCACUAGAUCUUGACAAAAAUGGAUACCUGACGCUGGGAGAGUUUUCCUCUGGAUUUAGUAACUUUCUUCAUGGACGGAGAAUCUCCAUGACGGAGGAACUAAUGACUGCACCCUCUCAAAAAGCUCCAGAAGCUCUUGAUCAGAGUUCAGGGGAUGAACAGCUGUCAGAGAAUGAGGAUGAUGAAGAGAGACAUUUCUGCAUGUUGAUGGAGAGCUUGGGUGCUAGCAAUGUGUUUGAAGACCUGAGUGAGGUUCGCAGUCUGUGGGCUCAGCUCAGGAAAGAUGAGCCUCAGCUCUUGUCCAACUUUGAGUUCCUGGCCCGUGUCACUUAUCAAAUCAAAGAGGCACGACAAGAGAGGAAGGAGAUGGAGAGCGCUCUCAGGAG